CAUCACCAGGGCAUACAGCGAAUACGUUCGACAAGAUGUCUCGCCAAAGUAUGGCUCCAAAUCGCAAUCUGUCGCUUACAGAGGAGUUGGAGAAGCUCGAGCAGUCCAUCACGCUCACGCUCCAAGAAAUCGACCACAACUUCAGUCGCGCGCAUCGCAUUGUCACCACAGGGAUUCUUCCUAUCGUGGAGCAGUAUGGGAAGCACUCUGAGGCCGUCUGGGAAGGUUCAAAGUUCUGGAAGCAGUUCUUCGAAGCCAGCGCAAACGUGUCGCUCUCCGGAUACGAAGCGCCACAGGACGACUCGAUUACGCAAGAUGAUAUACAGCAGGAGGAAACAUACGAGGAUGACGAGACAGUUACUGGGGAUGUGACCAGGGGAGGAGCAACUACCCCACAGCGGCCGGCCUCAUCUCAUGGUGAAAUGGAUGAUACGAUGACAAUGGACUCGCCGUCAAUGGGCCACAGCACGCCCGGCAUGCCGCAACCGCUUAGGAAGGGUGCGCAUGGCAACGGCGAGGAACUGGAUGCGGACGAGGAGGCACCGCAAUUCGCUGGGCUCUCGUCACCUUACGAAGCGCUGCGUCAGGAGCUUGAGGGAGGACAGUCAGGUCUGAGGACACCAAAGUUCGACCCAGUCACACCUGGGAGGUCGCAAGCUCUCCCAGACAUGAUGGGCUUCGACUCUUCACCCUUCGUCCAGCCCACAACGUCGAAGAAGCCGCACUUUAACCAGGAUCCGCUCAUGCACCGCGUUCUGGACAAGACCUUCCGCGUACAGGCUACGCCACUCAUUAGCCCCCGGAAGUAUAAGCCCACCGGUGCAUUUACACCAGGCACCGCGCAUCGUACUGCAGCCACGCCCCGUGGAGCGGCGACCAACACAAGACUGCCUAAGUGGGAUGACUCAUCGCCUCCCUCUUCGCCAGCGCCUCAAUUGCGUGCUGACAUCUUCUCGCCUAUGAAGACGCCUCGUACGCCUGGCGUGAGCGUCCAGACACCUGCCAAGGGCAAGACACCAAUGAGCACAGGGAGGGACCAGGAUUUUGUCGACUACAGUGACGACGAUGACCUCGACUUCAGUCCGCCAAAGACGAUUCAGUUCCACAUUCCACAGACGAAGCUCCUGCAGACACCUGCCCGAGAGGCUAGCAGACGCAUUGUCGACGAUCUACUGAUGACAGCUGGAGGCGACUUGACAGACACAACGGGUGGACUGGAGGACGAUAGCCCGAGUGUAGUCAGACGCCAGAUGGAUCUGGAUGAUAGCUUUUGAGCACAGAAGCGCGAUCCCUUCUGUUGUUAGACCGUGAUACCCACAAUUUCCGAAUUGCCUUUAUUCGCGUAAGCUGCUACAAGAAGUAGACGAAUUCAUCGUAUCGCGUAUAGCACAUGGGCAAUUGUAUGGUCUGAGCAAGUGCUGGCAUGUGACGACCCGCAGCUUCUCGGCCUAGGCCUCACUAGGUACAUAUAGCGCGAACCAUUGGCUGGGGUUUCGCAACAGCUCCAUCGUCAU